AUGCCUAGGCACCUACAACUUCAGCUGCCAGACCUACCAAAUUGUCGUCGGAGCAUUCAGCAACGAAGCCCACUGAUGGACAACGACAGAGAGCGAGCAGUCUUUACUCACUUCAUCCGACCGUUCCUUUCCAGAAAGGAUUUGCCAGAUCCAGGCUGUGUGUCUUCUGCCAAUAGUAGUCAGCUCUGGCUACAGGCCAACCUUGGCAAUUUCUCUCAAUUUGCGAGCGUAGAGGAUUUGAAAGCCCUUUAUCCAAACUUCUCCAGUGCCGACGCCUUGUCCAAACUGUCUCCCUCUCAGGUAGCAGAGAUACUGCGCACAGACAUCUCAAAUGACACAAAAUUUGUCGAUCAAGUCUUUGAGCGACUGCAGGUUGGAAACGCUGUUGAAAACGUGGACACAUUCUUUACCAAACUUACAGAGAAGGAGAAGGUUCCACAGUUUCAAGUUGACGUGAGAGAUCGCAUCAUGAACAAGACCUACGUCAUCAUCGGUCCCGUUUUGUCAGAGUUCCCUGAAAAGGAUCUUUUUGACUGGUUCCAUGUCAAACUGGUCCCGGUUCUCCCAAGUUUCACUCCACAAAUGCUCCAAGGUGUAAUUACCAACAUCAACUGCACAAAAUACCAUGUCAUUGUGAGUGGGAUGGGCAAAGUUGUGUCUGCCAUAGCUCAGAAAAGACAAGAAGAAAUUGCAGCUGUUUUACUGCGGUACCUGAAAAACUCUGCUGCUGUCAUCAACCAGCCAGCUUGCAGGGUAAACAUCAAGACCGAUUCCCAGUGGGUGGAAACAAACCUGGGCCCAUUUUCUCAAUCCGCAACAUAUUCUGAGCUCAAAUUCUUCAACCUCUCUCAGGGAGCACUCGUGAGCGUUCUUUCACCCAAACAGAAGGCUGAGCUUCUAACAGAUCCAGACAGCCGUGCUCUGGAGGAUGCCACCCUUGUAAAGGAGGUGUUGACAAACAUGACACAGUCCGGCAAUGUGGAGCAGCUUGGUCAGUUUUUCCUAGUGUUCACACAGUCCCUCCAGCAGACAAACACAACCUACAUCCAAAAUGUGGCGGUACGAGAGACCAUCUUAAACCUGACUCUGAGCAGCCUUGCUCUUAAAUUUGACGUCUUUCAAGUAGAAGACUACCAGCUGUGGUUCCAAGACUAUUUGAUUCCUGUGAUAGCAAGCAUCCAACCUGACAGCCUGCGGGUGAUACCCAGUAACAUCAGCUGUGAAUCCUACAGAGCGAUAGUCACUGGCCUAAUGGAAAGCCUGAAGAUCCUGCCACUGCACAUUUCAAUGGACGUGAGAUCAAGCCUGGAAUCGCUGCAGGAGGCCUUCCCAGAUUGUGCAAGACUGGAUUCUUUCACGUGCAAAGACACACAUGUUGAUGAAAAACUCAUCUGCUCCGGGAUAGACAGCUCUCAACUCCAAGCACUGAAUGAUGACAAUUCUACUGAAGCCGUGUGCAACUUCACCAUCACUGCACAUGCCUGUGCCCCGACAACAAGACUCUCAGCAGAAAAGUUGGCCACGCUCUUGAAGUGCUCUCUGGAAAGCAACCAGAUGUACGUGGUGGAAGUUUGGCAGCUUCUUUUCCAAAAAGCUUCUCCAGUACUCAGGCAGGCUCUGGCCUCAUUCUCCGCCAUGGCCCCCACCGCCAUGAGCUCAGCCUAUUCCAAUCCUCUUGAUGCUCUGAGAGAAGUGCUUGCUGAAAACCUUACACAGGAUCAACUGAAGAGUGAAGUAUUUGUUAGAAGUUGGUUCCAGAUGGAUCUCCGUCCAUUCCUGGCCUCCCCGUCAACCAAUUUCCUCUUCUGCCUUGGCACCUACAACUUCAGCUGCCAGACCUACCAAAUUGUCGUCGGAGCAUUCAGCAACCGAAGCCCACUGAUGGACAACGACAGAGAGCGAGCAGUCUUUACUCACUUCAUCCGACCGUUCCUUUCCAGAAAGGAUUUGCCAGAUCCAGGCUGUGUGUCUUCUGCCAAUAGUAGUCAGCUCUGGCUACAGGCCAACCUUGGCAAUUUCUCUCAAUUUGCGAGCGUAGAGGAUUUGAAAGCCCUUUAUCCAAACUUCUCCAGUGCCGACGCCUUGUCCAAACUGUCUCCCUCUCAGGUAGCAGAGAUACUGCUGCGCACAGACAUCUCAAAUGACACAAAAUUUGUCGAUCAAGUCUUUGAGCGACUGCAGGUUGGAAACGCUGUUGAAAACGUGGACACAUUCUUUACCAAACUUACAGAGAAGGAGAAGGUUCCACAGUUUCAAGUUGACGUGAGAGAUCGCAUCAUGAACAAGACCUACGUCAUCAUCGGUCCGCUUUUUGUGAGUGGGAUGGGCAAAGUUGUGUCUGCCAUAGCUCAGAAAAGACAAGAAGAAAUUGCAGCUGUUUUACUGCGGUACCUGAAAAACUCUGCUGCUGUCAUCAACCAGCCAGCUUGCAGGGUAAACAUCAAGACCGAUUCCCAGUGGGUGGAAACAAACCUGGGCCCAUUUUCUCAAUCCGCAACAUAUUCUGAGCUCAAAUUCUUCAACCUCUCUCAGGGAGCACUCGUGAGCGUUCUUUCACCCAAACAGAAGGCUGAGCUUCUAACAGAUCCAGACAGCCGUGCUCUGGAGGAUGCCACCCUUGUAAAGGAGGUGUUGACAAACAUGACACAGUCCGGCAAUGUGGAGCAGCUUGGUCAGUUUUUCCUAGUGUUCACAAAGUCCAUCCAGCAGGACUAA